AUGGAUUCUAAUGGCAAAGGAAUCGUUGAGCUCCCCACCGGAUGGUCACAUGACUAUAUUCACAGACAUCUUCCUGUUGGGGCUUCAGUUACCCUUAUGCCCUUAGGUUCCAAAGAUUCUGGCAAAGAUAGGCUACGCACCACCCUAAUUCAAUCCCAACUUCUAGAUUACUUUUUUGGGAACUUGUAUUGCCUUUGGCCUGGCUAG